GUUGCCAUGAUAAGACUUCUUGAUCAAGCUACAUCGACCGUUGCGACUACUGCAUGGACCUUCAUAGCGCCUUCCCUUUACGAUGGUACGCCUUCCCAAAAGAAGCACCCGCACUGCAACAUCACUCAAGACCCAGAUCUCGACUUGCACUCUUCUUUCUGUAUUGCAACAUUGUUUUCUCCACUCUGACAAGCAAGCGACU